UUGACGACCGCACCCCCCCAUCACCCAUCGACCAUCCGACAAAUCCCACAGCCAUCAAUCGCAAACAUGGCCGCCCCUCAGAUGGUUCAGUGCUUCGGCAAGAAGAGAAACGCGACUGCUGUCGCUCAGUGCAAGGCUGGCAAGGGCCUCAUCCGUGUCAACGGCCGCCCUCUGCAGCUCGUUGAGCCCGCCAUCCUCCGCACCAAGGUCUACGAGCCUCUGCUGGUUGUCGGUCUUGACAAGUUCGCCCAACUCGACAUCCGUGUCCGCGUGUCCGGUGGUGGUCACACCUCUCAGAUCUACGCUGUGCGACAAGCCAUCUCCAAGGCUCUGAUCGCCUACAACCAGAAGUUCGUCGAUGAGCACACCAAGAACACCCUGAAGACCGCGCUCACUGGUUUCGACCGUACCCUCCUCGUCGCCGACAACCGCCGCUGCGAGCCCAAGAAGUUCGGUGGUCCAGGUGCCCGUGCCAGAUUCCAGAAGUCCUACCGUUAAAGCGCCAGCUUCGUUAUUCUUUGGGGAUGGCGUACCGGCCCGCUGCUGCCACUGCUUCUUUGGCGGUGAUGGCGGUGGUGCUACCGGCGUGGGGAAGAUGAGGAAGGGAAGGAAGGAAGGCGACGGCGAAACAGCAAAACCUCAAAGGGGGGCGUUGGUGGGACUGCCGUUGUGCUUUUUGUUAUACUGGCUCUUCUUUGCGUGUGUACGGAUUGGGAGUCAAAAUGCGAGGAACACCUAACACGGAAGAGGAUAAAAGAAAAUGAUGGGGAACCUAGUCUUUUUCUAGACCUGCAUUUGCAUGGCAAGGCCUCGCCGGGCCGAACAAUCAAGGAAUUUACGGCAAAUGAACACGAUC